CUAAUAGAAUAAAACAUCAAUGCCAAGAUUUUUCCCCUCUUUCCAGAAGUGAACCCGAAGCAAUCCCUAUAUAUAAUCUGGUGUUCUAUUUCACUGCAUCAACUAAGAAGACUAGAGAGAUAUGGCGAGGAAGAGCAAGGGUCGUCAAAAGAUUGUGAUGGCCAAAAUGAGCAAGGAAAGUAAUCUCUUGGUUACAUUCUCCAAGAGGCGUUCUGGUUUAUUUAAGAAAGCGAGUGAGCUUUGCACUCUUUGUGGUGUAGAGAUCGCAAUCAUUGUCUUCUCUCCUGGGAGAAAAGUGUUCUCAUUUGGGCAUCCAAAUGUAGAACAAAUACUUGAUAAGUUCCUCAAUGCUCAGGACCCUAGUCCAACCAAUUCUACCACCCUUCAACUUGUGGAGGCUCAUCGCAGUGCAAGUGCCCGAGAAUUGAACUUGCAACUCUCUGAGUUGCUUACCCAGUUAGAAGAGCUAAAGAAUCAAGGGGAGGAGCUUAUGAACCUGAGGAAGCAAAGACAAGACAUGUUCUGGUGGGAGGCUCCAGUUGAUGAUCUUCGAUUUGAACAGCUUCAGAUAUUAAAAACAGGAAUGGAGGACCUCAAGAGAAACAUCGCCACACACACUCAGAAGCUUGUGUUGAUGGAACAAGCACUAGCACUAGCUGCUUGUGGCACUAGGUCUGCACAUUCCAUGACCCCACUUGGAUGUACUCUCGGGUAUGGAUCUGAACAUUCCAUUGAGUACCAUUAAAUAACCGGACUAGGUGUCACCGAUGAUGAAACUGAAGUAUACUUGUUAUUUCUGGUAAUUCUUUCAAACAUUCAUAAAAUUAUGCAUAAGAAAAAUAGCCCAGCUAUCUGUCAUGAUUUUCCCCUGGGUUUGUGUUGUCAUUUAAUAAUUCUUUUCUGGGUAUCCUCAUGAAUAAAGGAUUUUAUUGUUCUUCUCUCCGAUUUGGUUGAUCAGAAUUUUUUUUCAGAUAAUUCGUGUGCCAACACUUGGUAGGUCAUAUACUCCUUAUGUAUCUAUAUGUUUCGUCCAAGUUUACUUUAAGGAUGGCAGUACAAAGAAAAAAAAUUGUCGUUAGUUUUCAUAUUAUAUAUAGAAAAA